AUGCGGAGAGCGGCCGCCGCAAGAGGAGGCGCUGGAGGGGCGCGCCGGUGGCUCCCUUGGCUGGGGCUCUGCUUCUGGGCGGCGGGGGCUGCGGCUGCCCGAGGAACUGACAAUGGCGAAGUCCUCCCUGAAUCCAUCCCAUCAGCUCCUGGGACGCUGCCUCAUUUCAUAGAGGAGCCAGGCGAUGCUUAUAUCAUCAAGAGCAACCCCAUUGCACUGAGGUGCAAAGCAAGGCCAGCCAUGCAGAUAUUCUUCAAAUGCAAUGGCGAGUGGGUCCAUCAAAAUGAGCAUGUCUCUGAGGAGAGUCUGGACGAGAGUUCAGGCCUGAAGGUCCGGGAGGUGUUUAUCAACGUCACCAGGCAGCAGGUAGAGGACUUCCAUGGGCCCGAGGACUAUUGGUGCCAGUGUGUGGCGUGGAGCCACCUGGGGACCUCCAAGAGCAGGAAGGCCUCCGUGCGCAUAGCCUAUUUACGGAAAAACUUCGAGCAGGACCCGCAGGGAAGGGAGGUUCCCAUCGAAGGCAUGAUCGUGCUGCACUGCCGCCCGCCUGAGGGAGUUCCUGCUGCCGAGGUGGAAUGGCUAAAAAACGAGGAGCCCAUUGACUCUGAAAAAGAUGAGAACAUUGACACCAGGGCAGACCACAACCUCAUCAUCCGGCAGGCGCGGCUCUCGGACUCCGGAAAUUAUACAUGCAUGGCGGCCAACAUCGUAGCCAAGAGGAGGAGCCUGUCAGCCACAGUGGUGGUUUAUGUGAAUGGAGGCUGGUCUUCCUGGACAGAGUGGUCAGCCUGCAAUGUUCGCUGUGGUAGAGGAUGGCAGAAACGUUCCCGGACCUGCACCAACCCAGCUCCUCUCAAUGGUGGAGCCUUUUGUGAGGGAAUGUCAGUGCAGAAAAUAACCUGCACCUCUCUUUGUCCUGUGGACGGGAGCUGGGAGGUGUGGGGAGAGUGGUCAGUCUGCAGCCCAGAGUGCGAGCAUCUGCGGAUCCGCGAGUGCACAGCCCCAGCCCCAAGAAAUGGGGGCAAAUUCUGCGAAGGCCUAAGCCAGGAAUCCGAGAACUGCACAGAUGGUCUCUGCAUCCUAGAUAAAAAACCUCUUCAUGAAAUAAAACCCCAAAGCAUUGAGAAUGCCAGCGACAUAGCUUUGUACUCAGGCUUGGGCGCUGCGGUCGUGGCCGUCACAGUCCUGGUCGUCGGCAUCACACUUUACAGACGGAGCCAGAGUGACUACGGCGUGGACGUCAUCGACUCUUCUGCAUUGACAGGUGGCUUCCAGACCUUCAACUUCAAAACAGUCCGUCAAGGUAACUCCCUGCUCUUGAAUUCCUCCAUGCAACCAGACCUAACAGUAAGCCGAACAUACAGUGGGCCCAUCUGUCUACAGGACCCCCUGGACAAGGAACUCAUGACGGAGUCCUCACUCUUUAACCCUCUGUCGGACAUCAAAGUCAAAGUGCAGAGCUCAUUCAUGGUUUCCCUGGGAGUGUCUGAGAGAGCUGAGUACCACGGCAAGAAUCAUUCCGGGACUUUUCCCCAUGGAAACAACCGCAGCUUCACUACAGUGCAUCCCAGAAAUAAAACACCCUACAUCCAAAAUCUGUCAUCACUUCCUACAAGGACAGAACUGAGGACCACUGGUGUCUUUGGCCAUUUAGGAGGACGCUUAGUAAUGCCAAAUACAGGGGUGAGUUUACUGAUACCACAUAGUGCCAUCCCGGAGGAGAAUUCUUGGGAGAUUUACAUGUCCAUCAACCAAGGUGAACCCAGCCUCCAGUCAGAUGGCUCAGAGGUGCUCCUGAGUCCGGAAGUCACCUGUGGUCCCCCCGACAUGAUUGUCACCACUCCCUUUGCCCUGACCAUUCCACACUGUGCAGACGUCAGUUCUGAGCACUGGAAUAUCCAUUUAAAGAAGAGGACCCAGCAGGGCAAGUGGGAGGAAGUGAUGUCGGUGGAGGAUGAAUCCACAUCCUGUUACUGCCUUUUGGACCCCUUUGCGUGCCACGUGCUCCUAGACAGCUUUGGGACAUACGCCCUCACCGGAGAACCAAUCACAGACUGUGCCGUGAAGCAGCUCAAGGUUGCGGUUUUUGGCUGCAUGUCCUGUAACUCUCUGGACUACAACUUGAGGGUCUACUGUGUGGACAAUACCCCUUGUGCAUUUCAGGAAGUGGUUUCAGAUGAAAGGCAUCAAGGCGGACAACUCCUGGAAGAACCAAAGUUGCUGCAUUUCAAAGGGAAUACCUUUAGUCUUCAGAUCUCUGUCCUUGAUAUCCCCCCAUUCCUCUGGAGAAUUAAACCAUUCACUGCAUGCCAGGAAGUCCCAUUCUCCCGCGUGUGGUGCGGUAACCGGCAGCCCCUGCACUGUGCCUUCUCCCUGGAACGCUACACGCCCACCACCACCCAGCUGUCCUGCAAAAUCUGCAUCCGGCAGCUCAAAGGCCAUGAACAGAUCCUCCAAGUGCAGACGUCAAUCCUUGAGAAUGAAAGAGAGACCAUCACUUUCUUUGCACAAGAGGACAGCACUUUCCCUGCACAGACUGGCCCCAAAGCCUUCAAAAUUCCCUACUCCAUCAGACAGCGGAUUUGUGCUACAUUUGACACCCCCAAUGCCAAAGGCAAAGACUGGCAGAUGUUAGCACAGAAAAACAGCAUCAACAGGAAUUUAUCUUAUUUUGCUACACAAAGUAGCCCGUCUGCUGUCAUUCUGAACCUGUGGGAAGCUCGUCAUCAGCACGAUGGUGACCUUGACUCCCUGGCCUGUGCCCUUGAAGAGAUUGGGAGGACACACACGAAACUCUCGAACAUUAAGGAAUCCCAGCUGGAUGAAGCCGACUUCAGCUACAGCAGGCAAAAUGGACUCUAG